UUCAGGUUCCCGUGUACUGUGCCAUAUUGUGAAUAUUCUCCUGCAAAAGUCUGGCCCCUGAACCGGGAGAGAAAAGAAUAGCCACGGGCCUCCGGAGGGAGGGGGGAGUUGAAGCUAUCAAAGGGACCGCUGGAGAAAUCGGAAGAAAAAAAAAACUCAAAUUAGGCUAGCUGCGUAUUUUAUGUAGGAAACAAUACACAAAGCCGCUCUUUCCAGCCGGGUCCGGCCUGUAACAGAGUAGUCGAAGGUAGAGAGACGAGAGCAGGCUCAACCGGCCGAGUGUCCACGGAUCCGGAGUACUGGGCCUCCAUUCUCUGCGCAAGACAACCGAUAUAAUCUCACAUUUGUCGCAGAAAUCAAGAUUCAUCUUGCGUUGCUUGAAGGAGUACACCAAACGCCUUCUAAGGGAAUAUCAGUGGGUCCAGGAGGACGCGGUCAGCGCCAGCAGGUCUCUUCUGAACCGUUGUUGAAAGCUUACAGUUGUAUCAUAGUUCUGACUUUUGGUGGACUUUGCUUACCAUUAGUGCUGCAUCAUCUCUGGACAUCAGUGGAUAAAAUCUCUGUUCAUGAGGCAGGUAUCCUAGUUAAGGCUCGUGUCCACAGGUCACCUGAGGUCUGAAAACGUCACGCACCCUUACCCGUCCCCGAAGCCGCACGUACGCUGACGAACCCCGACAGGUACGCCGUACUUGGCGCCAGCGAGUAUCCCCCCCCCCCACCCCCUCCCCCCUCCCGAUGAUCCAGAGACUCGGCGACACAAUUUGAAAAGCUGAAUCCAUUCGCCAGAGCGAGGAUGACGGAGGCGUGGCAGCAGCACGGCGUGGGUCCGCCCCCCGUGGUCCACGCCAUCCCCCCGGGGUCAGAGAACGCGCUGGGCUGCGCCGUGUACGGCAUCGUCCUGCAGCCCGACCCCGCCCUGCAGCAGCACGGCCAGCAGCACGCCGCCCAGCCUCAGCAGCCCUCCCUGCAGGUCGGGGGCGAGGGCGGGCACAAGUGCGGGGCCUGCGGCCACGACAUCUCCCACCUGGCCAACCCGCACGAGCACCAGUGCAUGGUGAGCCAGGACCGCUCCUUCCAGUGCACGCAGUGCCUGAAGAUCUUCCACCAGGCCACCGACCUCCUGGAGCACCAGUGCGUGCAGGUGGAGCAGAAGCCCUUCGUGUGCGGCGUCUGUAAGAUGGGCUUCUCCUUGCUCACCUCGCUGGCCCAGCACCACAACGCCCACAACAGCAGCAACCCCAUGAAGUGCUCCAUCUGCGAGAAGACGUACCGGCCGGGCUCUUCCGGGAACGCCACGCCCACCACCUCGGCGGCCAAUCCGCAGCAGCCGGCGUCCGACAGCGCGGCGUCCAGCGGGGCGGCGGUGGGCAUGCCCGCCCCCACGGGCUUCGUGGCCUCCACGCCCGACCGGCCCUACAAGUGCUCGGUGUGCCAGAAGGGCUUCCGCCACCUGUCGGAGCUGUCGCGGCACGAGCGCGUGCACACGGGCGAGAAGCCCUACAAGUGCGACACCUGCGACAAGAGCUUCAGCCAGUCCUCGCACCUGGCCCACCACCAGCGCACGCACAGCUCCGAGCGGCCCUACAAGUGCGCCGUCUGCGAGAAGAGCUUCAAGCACCGCUCGCACCUGGUGCGCCACAUGUACGCGCACUCGGGCGAGCACCUCUUCAAGUGCAACCUGUGCGAGCUGCACUUCAAGGAGUCGUCGGAGCUGCUGCACCACCAGUGCCAGCCGCAGGGCGAGCGGCCCUUCCGCUGCACCACCUGCGGCAAGGGCUUCAAGCGGCCGUCCGACCUGCGGCAGCACACGCGCACCCACUCCGAGGAGCGGCCCUUCCAGUGCGAGGAGUGCCAGAUGAGCUUCAAGCAGCAGUACGCCCUCGUCCGCCACCGGCGCACGCACAAGAGCUCCGCCGACCGGCCCUUCAAGUGCAACCUCUGCGACAAGGGCUUCCUGCAGGCGUCGCACCUGCUCUACCACCAGCACGUGCACGGCAUGGAGAGCCUGUUCAAGUGCGCCUCCUGCCAGAAGGGCUUCAGCCACUCGGCCGAGCUCCUGCGGCACAAGUGCGGAGCGGCCACCUCCUCGCCCGACCGCCCCUACAAGUGCGACAUCUGCGGCAAGGGCUACAAGAAGUCGUCGACGCUGCAGCGCCACCAGAACGCGCACUGCUCGGAGAAGCCGCUCAAGUGCUCGCUGUGCGACCGGCGCUUCCUGUCCUCGUCGGAGUUCGUGCAGCACCGCUGCGACCCGGCGCGGGAGAAGCCCCUGAAGUGCCCCGACUGCGAGAAGCGCUUCAAGUACUCGUCGGACAUGCAGCGGCACCGGCGCGUGCACACGGGCGAGAAGCCCUUCAAGUGCCCCACCUGUGACAAGGGCUUCAAGCAGCGCGAGCACCUGGCCAAGCACCAGAGCGUGCACGCGCGCGAGGCCCAGUUCAAGUGCGUGUGGUGCGGGGAGCGCUUCGGAGACCUGGGCGCGCUGCAGGAGCACACCGUCCAGCACACCGCCGAGGGGGGGGGCUACCCCGUGCCCCCCUGCAUCCAGUAACCCCACCCCGACCCUGUGCUUUGCAGACGGUAACUAGUUCCCCCCCCCCCCCCCCCCCCCGCCUCGUCUGAGUGUACACUAACCGGUGUCCCGCCCCUUGUUUCUGCGUACAGUAACCAGAACUCACCCCCCCCCCUUGUUCGAACAAUACAGAGUACAGUACAGUUUCCAGCCCAAUCACCAGUAACAAUUGCCCUUCCCUCCUUUUCCUCACCCCCUCUUUGUGAUAUAGCAAAUAGUGGCCCACCCCUACUGUGAACUAGUGCCCUGUCCCUUUCAGUAUAUAAAUAACCAGCGCUUCUCCACAAAGGACAGCGGGGCCCUCCGCACCUCAAGCCCCAAACGGGGAACUAAAGUGGGGAGCGUUCCCCGCCCUACGGGUGUAUUCGUCUCCCAGCAGCUGUGUGGGGUACAGUGCAGUCUCACACACAGGACCUGCCCCUGCCUGUGCCCUGAACACCUGUGUCACACGACACCUCUCUGCCCCCGAUCUUGCCUGGUGGCUUCCUCUCUGAGGAUACUGAGUGGCCCACCGGUUCGACUGAAGCCCCUACUCUUUCUUGCCAAAAUACCCGACGCCCCGGGCACAAGCUUCCGUGAUCUACUGGGGCGCUCGUUGGGAUAGGGCUGUCCGUGGCCUGCUUUUGGUGGGAUUUUUAAAAGCUGCAUUAACUCAAAAACAAGAAGACAAAACGGACCUCUAGACCUCAACAAGAGGAAGUUUCAAAGACAUCAUCCGAUCCUCUGCCCCCUCUCCCCCCCUCCCCAAAGAAAUCACGUUGGCCUAGCAACCCUGUACGUAUGUAAUGCAUACAGUAUUCCUAUACGUUUCCUGGCCUCACAGGUACAGUAGCCUAAAAAGCUAUUUUAAACGAGAAAAGAUUGAGUCCAGUUUUGAGAUAUUACAAAUGUGCGUACGUGCCCGUCACUGUGGCUAUUGCAGUAAGUACAAAUUUUACCAGAUCCCAAAUAUGUCAGGAACCAGUAUGUCAAAUAUGUCACCACCUAAGAUGACUUGGGGCUUCCCUGAGCCCUACACAUUCUUCCAUACUACAUAGAUGUUCCUAUAUAUACACACACAUGCACACACACUCAUGUCAUUAUAUACAGUUUUCACAUGUAUAGAUAUUCAGUCUCCUACAAACUGUCUUGGUAUUACUGUAUGUACAUAAAAAGUAUGUAUGCUAAUGUUAACUGGUCAUGUAGUAGAAAUUGCAUUGUGUGUUUAAUGAAUCUGCUGUUUUCUCUAACUUUUUAUUAUGUGUAUCCGUGUUUACUGUAGGCUUUUAUUUACCACUUUUUUCCCAAAAGGGGAUACAUUUAGAUGACCCUCGCCCCCCAAUAUAUGUGAGUUGGUGGAGUUGUGUAUAAUGCAGUUUAUCUUUGGUGUGGAGCUCUUUACUGUGGAAAGGACUAUAUCAGUCCUCUGGAUGUUUUGGUUAAAUUGCAGAGAUUAGGCAUUGGUCCGGAACUGACCCAGGGCCAGUAUGAGGACAAUGCCGAAUUUAAACUUUGUUGCGCCGCGCUUUCGAUUAGUGACACUAGAACAAAAUGAAGCUGUCGCACAAUGUUUAACAUUUAUAUUUCAGCGAAGGCCGAAGGGUUCUAUUUGACACCCAAGACGACAAGAUAUCAAACUUUUCACCAUUUGUUUACAUUUGUAAACUGUCCAAUUGUGCAGCAACAAAUCCAAAUAAAAACGCAACCGAAUUCCGUAAGUGUGUGACAUUGAAUAAAUGUGUCGUACAACACUAUAAAAUAAAUAAAUAAAUUAUUGGUGUCCAUCUUGUCCAAUUCCCACCCAGAUUUGAAAUGGCCAACACAGCUGCAUUCGGGCUCGAACCCCACUGCUGAGACACCCAGCAGAGGGUGAUGCUUUCAGUUUAAAAUACGUCAUUUUUGUCAAGCGACACUCGUCGAAAAUGCCGUGCAACAGAGUUUAAAAUGGUUUUAAGGAGCCCCUUCUGCCUCUGAUGUUCAGGGCUGUGUGUUGAAGUGGUACCAGGGCAGCGUGUUUGGGAACCCAGAGUGGUCUCGCUGGACCAGUAGCUUCCCAGACUGCUGGCGGCAGUGUUGUUAAAAGUGUCCAGCUGAACUGCAGUAUCAGUUAUCAGUUUUCUUAAUGACACUUUAGCCUUAAACAUGGGGAGAGAGAUGCUGUGUGAUGCUGGAUGGGGCCCCAGGUCUGACUGACUGCCAUUGUCCGUCCUUCCCUGUGGAGUCAGUCCUGUCAUCCUCCACUGAAAGGUCAGUAAAGAUCGUGUGCCGUUUCCCUUUUUCAAUUCCCCAAUAAUUGAUGGAAGAAAAGAAAAAAACUGACUCAAAAAAUAAUUCGGUUGAAACGAAAAAUGUAUGUUUUUGUAUUUGCGCAAGUUUAAGUGUUGUAUAUUUUUCUUUUCUUUUUUUUUAAUUAAUAUCUUUAUCAAAUAUAUAUAUAAAAAUAUAUACAUACAUAUAUAUAUAUUCACUGUAGGGGUUUGAAUGGCGUUUGGGAUGAGAGCUGGUGGGGGUUGUUUGCCGUGGCGAUGACCUUUCACCUGCUCUGCGCAUGCUCAAAGUGGUAGCCCGUGUAUUAGGGAGCACAUCCCUCUUAUCAUUUUUUUUUUUUUUUUUUUCUUUUUUUUCUUUUCAUCAUCAUUUGUAGUUUGUGGAAGAGUCUGUAAAAUCCAUGUGUGUAGCAAUGGAUGUGGAUAUUCAAGCUAAAAAAAAAAUAUCUAUGUAGCAUUUAAUACACAGCACUAACAAAUAAACGUUUUUCAUGAAUACUGGAA